AUGGCUCCUCCGUCGCGUGCGUUCUCCACCGCUGCGUCCGCUGCUCUUCGAGCUCUCCAAUGCUCUGGAUCGUACCGCGAGCGUCACAAAGCAAAGCGUGACGCUCUUGCUGCCAAGGCUGCGGCGGGGACGACUCAGCCAGAGAUUGUCCUCGAAGGUUCUUCUGUAGUCAACGACGCCGUUGACUUCGAGGACGACGACGUGGAGAUGGAAGAGGGCGAGGCCUCUUCUAGCAAGCGCAAGGAGUCUAUCGACAGCGAUAGUCUCGACCCGCAUGCCGGGUCGAGACGCCCUCGUGAAGGAGACGACUCGGACGCUUCGAGCUCGAAGCGUUCGCGCGGCGAGAGCGACACUCCGCUCUCUGCUGCUGAGGCUUUAAGCUCCCCACGUGAUGUGGUGACUUCAAGUUCUCCGCGCGCUGCUCAGGCAGCGCGCGAUCCGUGA